UCGUUUUUUUCGAAUUGAUUCCUCUAAAACAGAAUGAAGGGAUACUUAGGAAUCAAAUUCACGGAGCGGCGCAGGAAGAUCUGCUGCGCCUUCUUACUAUGGAUAUACAGCAAAUGUUUAUUUUCUUCCGUCAUAAAUAUGGCGUCCGGCGCGUACCUUUGGGCGGAGCUUCAUCAUCAUUCCAAAUUGCUACCGAUAUUCAAAGACGACACCGUCACCGUUACCAUUUUGUUAGUUUCGCUUCUCGGCGUUUUAAUCAACAUAAUUAAGAUCAAAGUCGUAUUCGAUUAUCACUUCCCGUAUUCGAGAUUGGCAUGGGUAAAGCACAUAAAUUGGAUCAUGACAAUUGAUUGGUUGCUCACCUACGCUCUUUUAGGAUUGGGGAGUCUCUGUUUGGUUAUCAAAAAAAAUCUCAAAGAAAAUGUAGAUCUAGAACUGGCAGCCGCCAUGCAUAAGUAUCGUUAUGACAUCGAAAGAAAAAUUGAAAUUGACAGAAUUCAUAUAAGUUUUCGAUGUUGCGGUAGAUACUCCUACGCUGAUUGGUUUAAUGUCACGUGGUUGGAACAUAAAGAAGACGUGUUCAAAAUUGUGUUCGUAGAAGCCGUCGAAAGUAAUCCAGAACGUGAUCUCUUGGCCAAAACUCACAAAAUGAUUGACAACGUUCCUUGGAGUUGUUGCGACCCGAAAUCUCCUAGGCCAUGCAUUCAUUUUGGAGUUCAUCACAAUAACCUGCAUUACAAUUACGAUUACCGAGUCAAAACUACCCUAUACGAUAAGGGCUGUGUCGAACCUAUUUACACGUAUUUCGGAGAAUAUUUUAUGCAAUAUUUCGCUAUAUCUACCUACAUCAUCAGCACCAUAGAGGGUUUAGCCCUAUUUCUUCUGAUGUACGUCAAAUCUUCCAUUUUUGAAUCCAUCAAAAACGAAGAUUUGUUAGCGGACAGCUACGGUUAUUUCAUAGGAGGAGUUACCCUCUUUAAGGAUAUUAAGCAGAAGCACGAGACUCUAAUGAAAAUGAAGGAAAAGGAUAUAAACGCCAUGAACGAUCCCGAUAACUUGAAGGCGGAAAUGGCCUACCAAAAAUGGAGGCGCGUAUCGCAAGUGUUAGCGGAUAGAGUCUUAUCUCCCCUGAAUAAAAUCAAAAAGGACUCGUUCGAAUUGAGCAAAACCAAAAUGGGAACUGGGCAUAAGAAGGAUUUGAAUAGCGAGAUGAAUCGAAAGAAAAUAGAUGAAAUUAGAGUUACCAGGGAUGUUAGAGAUGCAACGAUGACGGAAAAUAAAGAAGGCAAAAGAUUAGACGUGAAGGAGAAGGGUAUUUCGCCGAAACUUAUUGAAUUUAAUUCAUCUGAAGAUUCGCAAACGGAGUCUGACUUCCAAUGAUUAGGAAUUUUUAGCAGAGAAGUGUAAAAUAAUA